CAGAACAGAACAUCAGGGCGCGUACAGGCGGCUGACAAACGCAGGUCCUGCCUCCCAUCGACGCUGCACACGCGCCACCACUCCCGACACAAUCGUCGGGAAAAGACGACUGGCCCGCUUGACACAUCGGCCUAGUGGCCUCACGUCAUUAUGUCCACCCGCUCCACCGCGCCGGCACCGGCGACCACCAGUGCAGACGCUGACGCCACGCACGAGGACAUCGCUGCCCCGCUGCAGACACUCGACUCGCUCGAAGCUCACGAGGCUGCCGUUGCCAAAGCGGCUGACGGCGAAGCUUUGGCAGCAGAAGGAGCAGCAGGCGCGGGCGGUGAAGAGGAAAGCCAUUCGGAGAGCGGAAAACUCAAGGUGCUCAUCGGUCUGCUCAAGCGCGUUGUCGGCGUCAAGGACCUGGCGGCUAUUCGAUUCUCCCUCCCCGCCACCCUGCUCGAACCGGUACCCAACCUGGAAUACUGGACCUACCUUGAUCGCGCCGACAUGAUCGCAUCGAUCCCCGACUUUGACGACCCGCUCGAUCGCAUGCUCAUGGUCCUCCGCUUUGCGCUCACCAAGGAGCUCAAGUUCGUCAAGGGCAAAGUUUGCAAGCCGUACAAUUCGGUCCUGGGCGAGCACUUCCGCUGCCACUGGAAUGCUGAGACGCCUGCGGUGACCGCCGCGGGCGACAUCCUGCCGGUGCAGGCGCUGGAGCCAGGCGUUGACGCACCGUCGCCGUUGCCGCUCGCGAGCAAAGGGGGGCGCGCAUCCAAAGCGGCGUCGCUCAGCAGCCGGCCUGGCAGCAUCAAGGAGGCCGCGGCGAGUGCAGAGGCGGAAGAGAAGAGCACGCUCGCCAGGUCCCAGCCGACAAAGCGCGGUCUCAGCAAAUUCCUCAGUGGACGGAAUGUCGGCGGCAGCGGUGCAGGUGGUAGUGCCGCUGCCGCUACUAGUGCCAAUUUGGAGCCGGCUGCGAACGGCAGCGCAACAAACGUGUCGUCGACGACGCUGUUUGCCACGUCGAUCAUUGCGCCAUCGCAGAAGCGGCGCAUCGCGUUCCUGACAGAGCAGGUCUCACACCACCCGCCCAUCUCGACGUUCUACUGCGAGUGCGCCGAAGCGGGCGUGCACGUGCGCGGCGUCGACCAGCUCAGCGCCAAGUUCACCGGCGCCAGUGUGCGCGUAUACCCCGGCGACCAGAACAAGGGCCUCUUUAUCGGCCUCACCGACACCGCCAGCGGCGCUGGCGCACCUGGUGAGGAGUAUCAGCUGACACACCCGACCGCGAGCAUCAACGGCUUCUUCCGCGGAAACAUCUGGGUCGCCAUUUCCGACCACACAUACAUCACCUGCAGGGGCGGCUCCCGCCCUGACGACGACGACGACGAUGACAACGACAACAACGACAACAACCGCGGCGCUGGCGGCACGGGCAAGAGUAAGGGCAAGCGCAAGCGCCUCCGGACGAUCAUCGAGUACAAGGAGGAGAGCUGGGUCAUGAAGGCCAAGUACGCACUCGAAGGCGUCAUCUACGAGUACGACUACGAUCCCGACGACGGGCACGACGAUGAGGAGCAGGAACAGACCGAGGAUGGCGACAGCGACAGCGACGGCAAGCAGAAGAGGCACUACACCAAGAUCAAGCAGGUCCCGCAGGACAAGGUCGUCGCGACGUUCGAAGGGCAGUGGCGGGGCGAUGUGACGUACAAGCUCAAGGGCGAGCGGGAAUCGCGGUUGCUCAUCCGCCUCGACGAGCUGGCGCUGACGCGCAAGACAGUGCGUCCGCUCGAUGCGCACGAGGAGAUGGAGUCGCGCCGCAUCUGGAAGCCUGUCACGGACGCCAUCAUCGGCAAGCAGUUCUCCGCCGCGACCAAGCACAAGCAGGAGAUCGAGCAGGCGCAGCGCGAGGCCGCCGCCGAGCGCAAGCGCCGCGGCGAGGCGUUUGUCCCCCAGUUCUUCCACGUCGAUUUUGGCGACGGCAGGCCUAGGCUCACCGACGCGGGUCGCAAGGCGCUCAGGGAUGAGGCCGCACUCGUGGGCUACGGCCCUGCCGCCGGCAGCGGAGAGCACGCAGCGAAAGAUUGAAUCAUGACACGAAACACUGCGUGCGCCGCUGAAAUACAUAUACAGUGGAGCGUGGGCAGUGCCUCCCUGCGAAUUAUCCACCCUAACACCCAUCGAUAUAGUCAAGAGUCGC